GACAGCGCGUCCGCCUCUUCCUCCGCCGCCGCCGCCCGCCGGGGCCCCGCGCCGCCCCGGGCGCCGCCGCCAUGAGGCGCUAGGCCGGGACCAUGCGGCUGCGCGUGCACAAGCGCAAGGUGCUGCUGCUGGCGCUGGCGCUGGCCGCCUGCGCGCUCGCGCUGUGGGGCUCGGCCGGCCGCGCGCCCCGCCGCGACCCCCCGGCCACGGCCACGCGCCGGCCCGGCAGCCCGCCCGCCGUCGCCGCCGCCCUCAACGCCUCCGCCACCUCGGAGCCGGCCGCCGCCAGCGCCCCCGCGCCCGGCCCCGGCCCCGGCCCCGGCCCGGGCCCCACGGGCGGCGUGAACGCGACGUGGCUGCGCGCGCUCGUGUACCGGCGCAACUUCGAGCAGCGCGUGCUGGGCGCGGGCCGGUUCCCGCGCGCCGAGGUGGCGCUGGUGGUGCAGGUGCACGCGCGGGCCGAGCACCUGCGCCUGCUGCUGGGCUCGCUGCGGCGCGCGCGGGGCGUGGAGCGCGCGCUGCUGGUGCUGAGCCACGACGUGUGGUCGGCCGAGCUGGAGGCGCUGGCGCGCGCCGUGGACUUCUGCGCCGUGCUGCAGGUCUUCUUCCCCUUCAGCCUGCAGCUCUACCCCCACGAGUUCCCGGGGCGCGACCCCCGCGACUGCCCCCGCGACCUGGGCGUGGCCGCCGCCCGCCGCACCGGCUGCCUCAACGCCGCCUUCCCCGACGCCUUCGGCCACUACCGCGAGGCGCCCUUCGCCCAGGCCAAGCACCACUGGUGGUGGAAGCUGCACUUCCUGUGGGGCCGCGUGCGCGCCCUGCGCGACCUGCCCGGCCCCGUCGUCUUCCUGGAGGAGGACCACUACGUGGCGCCCGACUUCCUGCACGUGCUGGCCCACCUGCAGGGCCUGCAGCAGCGCCACUGCCCCGACUGCCAGGUGCUGGCGCUGGGCGGCUACGGGCUGCCGGGCCGGCGCCGGGGCGGCGGGGGGGAGGGCGAGGCGGCGGCGGCGUUCGCGGGCCGCGCCGACAAGGUGGAGCUGAAGACGUGGCGCUCCACGGAGCACAACAUGGGCAUGGCCUUCGGGCGGGACAUCUACCAGCAGCUGCGGGCCUGCGCCGACGCCUUCUGCACCUACGACGACUACAACUGGGACUGGACGCUGCAGCACCUGACCGUGGCCUGCCUGCCGCGCUUCUGGAAGGUGCUGGUGCCCGAGGUGCCCCGCGUCUUCCACACUGGCGACGACUGUGGCAUGCACCACAAGCAGGCCUGCCGGCCCGGCGCCCUGGUCGCCAAGGUGGAUGCCCUGCUGGACGCCAACCGGCAGCACCUCUUCCCCGACGCCAUGAGCAUCAGCAAGCGCUACCCGCUGGCCCCUGUUGCCCCCCAUGUCAAGAACGGCGGCUGGGGAGACAUCCGCGACCACGAGCUCUGCAAGAGCUACCACAAGUUGCAGUGAGCUGCUGGGCCGGGGGCCCUCUCGCCUCACCCCUCUUCCUCCUCCCCCCGAGCGGGUCGGACGCUGGAGCGGGUCGGCGCAUUCGUGACCUGGUUUCUGCUUUAAGAAUGAAUAAACGCCCGUGGCAAAGGUG